AUGUCUGGUAGUAAUAAUGAAAUUGUAUACGAAGGAUGGCUAACAAAAUCUCCACCUUCCAAGCGAAUUUGGAAGGCGAGAUGGAGGAGAAGAUGGUUUGUACUUAGGCAUUCAGGGGAACUUCCUGGACAAUUUUUUUUACAAUAUUACACAGAUAGAAAUUGUAGAAAACUGAAAGGUACAAUAGAUCUGGAUCAAUGUGAACAGGUUGAUGUCGGUUUAAAAUUUGAAAACAGUAAACAAAAUUAUCCUCAUAUGUUUGAUGUUAAAACUCCGAAAAGAAUAUAUUAUUUGGCAGCAGAUUCUGAAACUGAUAUGAACAAAUGGGUUGAUUGUGUUUGCCAAGUUUGUGUCGAAUUUAACGAAGAAAGUAAUGAAUCGUUAUUAACUCCUAAUGACACGGGAGAACCUGAAUCACCAUCUCUUUCACCUACUAGCACAGUUUCUGGUCCUUACAUUCCUAUAAGUGAAUGUAUUAGUGGUAAACCAUUAAACACUCCAGUAGGAUCAAGCAAUGGUAGUAAUAAAGUUGCAUUAAAAGAUUUGUAUCAAGCUCAAUCAGUAAGACAAAAUAAAUUGAACACAAUUAAACAAACUGUUUGCGAUGAUGAUAUUUCAAAUGUGAUAAUAAUAAAUCGGAAAAAUAUUUUAACUAAUUUUCCGGCUAAACAAGAAGAUUCGGUAAACAAUGGGAAAAUUACGAAUAUCGAGUCUGCGAAAAAAAUGGCUAAGCAUAGAAAUUUAGAAAAUCGUCCUCCCGAUUUAAAAUUAUCCGAAACUAUGUCGCCCGACGUGUACGAUAGUCCGAGAAAAAUCGUUCUGGAUAAAAGUGAAUGGAGUCCAGCGAAUUGGUCGUCGGGCGUACCCGUACCUAAUUGGGAUACAUUUCCAAACAAUUCUGAAAUAUCGGAAGAAGCUUAUUUUUCCCCGGGCGAAAUAGGAUCUUGGAGUGUCGUUCAGCGUUUUGGAAAACUCACCAUUGUCGACUCGAAACUUCCGAUCGUAACGAACAGUUUAAAUCGUGCUAUAAAACAAAGAGCUCAACCUGACACAUCCAGUUUAAGACGUCCAGUUGCUCCUCCUAGACCUCCGAAACCGUCUCAUUUAGUCGUUCAAGAAAAUCUUCACUCUUAUUUAAAUUUAGAUAAGUCUGAUACGAAGGCUUCGGACACGAUCAAAACUUCAGUACCGUCGCAAGAUGAAAAUCCCAUCGUGGAUGAAAUGUACGAUAUUCCAAGGUCUCAUCAGGUUCAUAACGAAGAAACAACUCCCGGAGGAAGAUCCUCUAAUAGGCAUAACUAUUUAAACGCGGCACCCUCUGAAAAAGGAAACGUUUUCAUUUAUGAUUUUGCCGAAGUGCAAUCUAAUAAUUCGCAAACGGAAACGAUUCCCGGCGAGCCAACAUCACCGAGAUCCGAAGGAUCAGGUUCCGGUGUCGUUUAUUCUAAUUUACCCAGCCCUUUAAAAACAGAUAUUUCAACUCCUCCGGCCGUUAAUCGAGAAUUGAAACCGACAAGAAAAACUUCAGAAUCUGGAGUUUCUAAUGAACCUUCUCCAGGUGGUUCUUUUACCGGCCUUAUCCCCAAAGAAACAUCUCCUGGAGGGCCUUAUACGUCAGGCACGUCGGUCGAACUCGGCGUCAACGGUCCACCAAGUAUCGACCGAACAUUAAAACCUAAAAAGCUUCCAUCCGACGGAGCUAUAAAAUUGAGCAAACCACCGGAGGGUAAUUUAAGCUUGCGAAGGGUGAGAGCUGGACCGAGUCCCGUACCGCAACAGGGAUCAUCAUCAACUCUUCCUAAUAAUCUAAGAAACGAUAGGACCAGAUCUGAAUAUUCCGGUUCGGAAGAUGACCAUAGAAAAUCUCCAGAUAACGAACCGAUUUAUUAUUUCGAAAGUUCCAAUAACCGUUAUAUUCCUGCCGGUAAAAAAUUCACAGAAAUCCAGUACAUCGAUUUGGAUUUGGAUUCGGAUGUGAACAACACGAAUACGACGAACGCUGCUCAAACUGCGGAACCCACCGCGACCGUAUAUAAAACCGUUGAUUUUCUCAAAACGGAAGCGUUCAAUAGAACGCGACAGGAAGUGGAAGAAGAAAGAAAUAAAUUGCCCGCGGAAUGA